AUGUGGAAUUGGGGUUUCGACGGUAUCGAUAUCGACUGGGAGUAUCCGGAUGAUGAAAUCGAUGCUGCUAAUUUAGCUAUACGGAUUGAGCUCGACGCACAUGCGAGAAACUACGCCUCGGGCCAUCACUUUUUACUGUCCAUUGCCGCCCCGGCUGCUCCUGAGCAUUACUUAAAGCUUCAACUGAAGCAUAUGGGCGACAUCGUUGACCAUAUCAACCUCAUGGCUUAUGACUACUCUGGAAGCUGGGAUCACAUCAGUGGUCAUAACGCCAACCUCUUUCCGUAUAAACGUCCUGUCACACAGCUCAAUCUCGACUACACCCUCAACGAAAGCUUCGAAACAGCGAUCAAUACGCACUAUGCUAUCAUGCACUAUCUCAGAUCCGGGGGACGCGCUGAAAAGAUUGUCCUCGGCAUACCUGUCUUCGGCCGCUCCUUUGAAAAUAACUCGGGCCUCGGAAAGACGUUCCAUAGUGUUGGGAAAGGCUCCUGGGGGGAACCUGGCGUCUGGGAUUACAAGGCACUUCCCAAGGCAGGAGCCACAAUCAUAUACGGCCCAAUAGCCCAUGCUUCUUUCAGUUACGAUGAGAGAAGCCGCGAAUUAAUCUCCUACGACACUCCGAGCGUGGUUGAGCAGAAGGCAGCAUACGUGCUGGACUAUGGUCUUGGCGGAAGCAUGUUCUGGGAGGCUUCUGCGGACAAGCAGGGAGAUGGCUCCCUUAUCGGCACAAGCUACCGCGCCUUGGGAAGCCUAGAAACGACGCCGAGCUGGCUGGAUUACAAGAAUUCGUACUUUGAAAACAUUGCGACAAAGAUGGGUGAGGACUAUAUCUGA